GUGAAGUUCAAAGUUGCGCGAGCCUGCAGUACAUUCCACAGAAAGAGGUAAAAAACAUGCGCCAAAAUUUCAAAAUGGCGGCCGCGUGGAGCGAAAUAAAACCAAGUUUGUCCCACUCAAUUUUAAAUGUCAUGGAAAAGCUUGGCUUCCAAACGAUGACACCAGUACAGACAGCCGCCAUUCCCUUGUUUAUGUCAAACAAAGAUGUCGCUGUUGAAGCGGUAAGCUCAUCAAUCUCUCCCUACCAGUUGAUUGUUAUACAUUAUUUUGUAAUUUUUGAUUUUAUUUUUAUUUUCAGCAUAAAUGCUGUUUUAGGUUUUCUUCCAAAGCAAAGACGAACGGGCCUGUUCUCUGCUACCCAGACAGAUGAAGUUGAGGCAUUAGUUAGAGCUGGACUCCGAAAUCCUGUAAGAGUAACAGUCAGAGAAAAAUAUUCCAAAUCCAAGUCAGAGCAGAGGACACCAUCCACACUAAAAAAUUUCUACACAAUUUGUGAAAGUGCGAGAAAGUUUUCAAGAUUAGUGGCCUUUCUCAAGACAAGAAAAACCUGCAAGAACAUGGUAUUUUUUAGUACGUGUGCUUGUGUCAAUUAUUUCUCAAAGGCUCUUGAGAGGCUUCUUUCGAACGUUAAAGUGUUGUCUAUUCACGGCAAAAUGAAAGCAAAACGGCAUAAAGUUUUUGAUAACUUCAGGAAGCUUGCGAGUGGUGUUUUGGUUUGCACGGAUGUCAUGGCGCGUGGAGUGGACAUCCCUGAAGUGGACUGGGUCAUACAGUUUGAUCCUCCAAGCAGUGCAAAGCAGGUACCUCUGCAGUUGUUUGAAAUAGAAGAUGAUGGAGCAGAUGUCACGCCCAAGCUACGAAAAAUGGCCAUGAAGGACAGGGAUGUAUACGAAAAGGGAAUGAAGGCUUUUGUCUCAUUUGUGCAGUUCUACAGAAAACAUGAGUGCAGUCUAAUCUUCCGAUCAAGUGAUCUAGAACUUGGAAAACUCGCCACCGGAUUUGGCCUUCUCAAGUUGCCCGUCAUGCCAGAGCUGAAGGAUAAAACAGUCGACUUUGAACCAGCAGAUGUGGAUGUCGAGAAACUUUAUUACAAGGACAAAAAUAGGGAAAAGCAACGGAAGCGAAAACUGCAGGAACAACAGGACUCCAACCAGGAUAGUUCGAUUCAAACCAGCUCGAAGAAGAAGAAGAAAUUCGGCAACGAUUCUGUGGCCUGGUCCAAGAACAAGGAGAAGAGGGUGAAGAGAGAGAAACGGAGGGCACGAAGAGAAUAUCUGAAGAAGCAGCGUCAGAAACAUUCAUUUGAUAACGACGAACUCGAGGACCUCGCGCGGGAAGCAAGCUUGGUUAAAAAGCUUAAGGCGGGAAAGAUCAGCAAAGAACAGUUUGAUUCGCAAUUAGGAAAUGAUGAAGAAGAGGAAAAUUAAGAACUGUGUGGAAUUAUUUGCGCGUUUUUAAAGCAGAUGAAUUCAA